GCAUUUUGAACGCACGGGCCAAGUCGCGAUUGGUCUGCCCAAAUUUUUUCGACAGCUUCCAUCAUCGGCCUGCAAGCCCACAUCUCCUGUCCACUGUCCAACUCCGAUCCCCGGCUUCAUUCAUCCGCCACGUCCACAACCUUCGCCAUGUCGUCGCUUUGGGAUACUCUUUCUGGUCGUAAGUCCUCUCAGAAGGACGCCGGUGCUUCCCAGUCUUCACCGGCCCCCGAACCUACAACCACCUUCCAGAACACCCCAGCACAGUUCGACCCUUCAGCAGGAUCUGGCGUCGAGUCUUUCCUUCAGAGCUCAUCCUUUGCCGACCCCGCGCAACUACACCCCCUCUCUGGACUGAACAAGGACACACUCGAAUACCUUUCUCUCGAAGAUGCGGCUCUGGCGGAUGUCCCUGGCCAGUCUGCCCUCCCCUCCCGAGGCUUCACCGAUGACCUUUGCUACGGAACGGGAGUCACAUACUUGGCAGCCUUGUCGAUAGGAGGAGCCUGGGGACUGCAAGAGGGUCUGAGGAGAUCAGCCAACCAGCCGCCGAAGCUACGACUCAACUCAGUGCUUAACGCCGUCACCCGCCGUGGCCCCUUCCUGGGUAACUCCGCUGGUGUCGUCGCCAUUACCUACAACUUUUUCAACGCGGGUAUCGGUUACUUCAGGGGAAAGCACGACUCUGCCAACACGAUCUUGGCUGGCGCUUUUAGUGGAAUGGUUUUCAAGAGCACAAGGGGUGUGCGGCCCAUGUUGAUUUCCGGUGGUGUUGUGGCCUCCGUGGCCGGUGCCUGGGCUGUUGUCCGCAGUACUUUCUUCUCUGCCCCCGAGCCUGUUACUUCCGAGCAUGCCACCUUGUAAUUUACGACAUAACCUGACGAAUUGUCCCCGUUGAAACCCGCCAGUAAUGAUUAUUCAUUAUGCCCAUGGAUCACGUUGGAUCUGUGGACGAUGAUGCUCGCCAUUGCGAGCUUCUUCUAUCUGUUGUUUGAGUAAGGGAAUUUAGAGCGCCUUAGAGGAGUCUUGGGCAUUGUGACGGACGAUCUCUCCUCAAGUGGACCCGUGUACAGUAUUUAGGAAGGAGCAUUAGAAGACCGCAUCACUGGGUGGAAGUGGGCG